AUGGAGCAACCACAGGCCUCGCAGGAGGAGUCCUCCCGUAUCUUUGUCAGGAAUCUCCCCCCGACCAUAACCGAGCCAGAAUUCCGCAAGCACUUCUCCCACGGCUCCAUCACCGACAUCAAGCUCAUCCCCCAGCGGAGAAUUGGCUAUGUCGGCUUCAAGACCCCCGACGAGGCAAAGAAGGCCGUCAAGCUCUUCCACCGCUCCUUCAUCCGCAUGUCCAAGAUCGCGGUAGAGCUGGCACGACCUAUCUUAGAUCCUGCACUCUACAAGGCAAGGCAGGCCCAUAACACCUCUCACGCCCCGCCUCUGCCGACUUCAAAGGCACCCCAAGCGACGGGCGACUCUUCUGCCGACCCGGCGCAGAAGAAACGGAAGCGCGACGAUCUCGACGAGGCAGACCCCAAGCUUCAGGAGUUCCUCGAGGUCAUGCAUCCCGGGAACUACCCUGCCAAGAAGGUCCGGGAGGAAGAGAGUCUGGACGCCGUGAAACCCCUGGUCGUUACCGACGGGGAUUCUGAUGGAGAAUAUGAAGAAGUUCCCAGCCGCAAACUGAAAGGGGCAGAGCGUGAGCCCAUGGCGAGGAAUGAGGAAUUAUCAACCCAAAUAAAGGCUCCCACGGGUCGUGUUGGCUCAGACCCCGACGCCUCAGAUUCUGCUGGUCUUCGGCCUGAAUCGGGUGCUAUGGAUCUGGACGUGCCCUCCAACAACGACGACGUGCCUGGCCCUGCUACCGACGAUGAUUGGCUUCGUUCGAGGACAAAUCGACUCCUAGACUUGGUUGAAGACGAUGAAGGCUUGGCUGCCCUAAGCCGUGGCGCCGAGUCUGCCCCGGCUCCUGCGCAGGAUAUCAAGGCAUCAGAACCUGUCCCAGUAUCAGAAGUCGAGACACGGCCAGAAGCCGCCGCCGGAGAGGAUGCUGCCGCUGAACACCCCAGGCCCCGGCGACAGGAGCCAAAGGAAGAUUCGGUCCUUGAAUCCAUUCGCAACACGUCAAGGAUAUACGUCAGGAAUCUGCCCUACUCGGCAACUUCGACAGAGCUGCGCGAGUUUUUUGCCAAGUUCGGCGAUAUCGAAGAGAUUCACGUGCCGUCGCCUCGCGGCUCCACCAACAACAACCAAGGAUUCGCCUUCAUUUCGUACGUCGAGCCCGACCACGCAGUUGAGGCAUUCCAGCGCGCAGAUGGAGCAACUUUCCAGGGGCGGAUGAUCCAUAUCAUCCCGGGAUCCGCCAAGCGAGUCCAACAGCUGGAUGAGUACACACUGUCUAAACUUCCUUUGAAGGAGCAAAAUCGGCUCCGGAAAAAGGCAAAGGCUGGGUCGGCAUUCAACUGGAACUCCCUAUACAUGAACCAGGAUGCCGUGCUCAACUCCACGGCUGACCGCCUUGGCGUCUCCAAGUCGGAGCUGCUGGACCCUACCAAUGCCGAUGCGGCCGUCAAGCAAGCACUUGCAGAGACGUCGACGAUCCAAGAUACCAAGGCUUAUUUUAUUGCAAACGGCGUGGAUCUGGACAGUUUCAAAUCCGCUCAGCGAUCUGACACUAUAAUCCUGGUCAAGAACUUCCCGUACGGAACCUCUAUUGAGGAGCUGAGAACGGAGUUUCAGGAACACGGACAGGUCUUGCGAGUUUUGAUGCCACCAACUGGAACUAUUGCUAUAGUUCAUUUCGCCAAUGCGGCCGAAGCCAAGACGGCCUUUGGGAAACUUGCUUAUCGUCGCUUCAAGAACAGUAUCUUGUUUCUUGAAAAGGGGCCCAAAACAUUAUUUGUUGAAGGGGCACCACAGGAAACGUCUUCUACCAAGACUGAUGGCAAACAGAAACUGUCUGCGGAAGAACUCAUGGGACGUGGCGUUAACGAAGAGCCUGAAGAGUCGAGCUCCUUGUUUGUCAAGAACUUGAGCUUCAAUACUAACACUGCGCAACUGCAUGAGGCUUUCAAGCAUCUCGACGGCUAUCGAUCUGCGUCGGUCAAGACAAAGACCGACCCAAAGAAGCCUGGUCAGGUACUCAGCAUGGGUUUUGGCUUUGUCGCCUUCUCCAACAAGGCUUCUGCUGAAGCGGCAGCACAGUCAAUGGAUGGCCAGGUGCUCCAUGGCCACAAGCUGCUCGUCCGGACUAGCCAUGGUGGCCAGGAUGCGGCCGAGCAGCGGCGCAAGGAAGAUGCCGCCAAGAAGGCCGCGAACCGAAGCACAAAGAUCAUUCUGAAGAACUUGCCCUUUGAGGCGACAAAGAAGGACAUCCGAACUUUGAUGGGUACCUACGGGCAAUUGCGCACUGUGAGGUUACCAAAGAAUGUUCAAAACCGGUCAAAGGGUUACGCCUUCUGCGAAUUUGUGACAAGUCGCGAGGCUGAAAAUGCAAUGGCAGCGCUGAAGGAUACUCACUUACUCGGUAGAAAGCUGGUGCUUGAGUUUGCAGAGGCUGAAGCAGUCGAUGCCGAAGAGGUCAUCGCAAAGAUGACCAAGAAGACGGGCUCCCAGAACGCCAAGGUCUCCCUGCACCAGCUUAUAGGAGGGGAUCGGAAAAAGAUCACUUUAGGGGACGAGGAGGAAGGCGAGGGAGACUUUUAG